AUCCAAUGGACCUCUUUUAAAAAAGGGACUAUCGUAGCUAGAACGAAUAUCGAAAAUGCUGGCUGAUAGAGCAAAGAGAACUAUGGAUCAAAUGUUUCUGUUUAGUAUCAAGGUGGUCACGCACGCUAUUGUGGGACGUGUAAAAGAAAAACUAAAGGGACUGAUCGAAGAGAAUAAGUAUGAUAUGGUUGUUUGUGGUAGUCGUGGACGAAGUUCUGUCAAAAGGUUAUUAAUGGGUUCAGUUUCAACUUAUCUUGUCCAUGCCACGCCCGUACCUGUCGUCGUCGUUCGAAAGAAACAAGAAAAACCAAAAUUGAUUCGACGUCCGUCUGGAUCACAUUCUCUUAGUGAAAGUAUGAGAAUAGGAACAUUGAAAGUUGACGAAUUAGGUUAAGCUUUUUUUUUUUAACUAUAAAAAUGGAUAAACCAAUGAAUGAAUAAUACGCGCUGUCGUACUCCUGUCAAAUAAGUCCAAUUCGCUCUUUGUACUAAAAAGACACAACUGAGCAUAAUAAAUAUUUUCUAUUAAUUGUGGAACAGGGUUUUCAUUUAAAAUUCAAGCCAGC